UUGAGAAUAUAUUAUUUACACAUAAAUUACCUUUCAUUUGUUUUUGAAAGAUCUAUAGCAGUAAUUUUUUACAUUUUGUAUGGCAACAUUGGCUCUAACUAACCUCAAAAGCUAUAAUUUUUGUACAUAAUUAUUGAUCCGCACUUGAAAUAACAAACAAACCUGUCUAUAUCUAAAAAAUAUAACAUAUCAGGAAUGGAAAAGUUAAGGGAAAUUGCUGUGGAGGAAGUUAAUUGGAAAUCUAUUACAGAAGAAGGCCUUGAUCUGGAAUAUGCUGUACCUAUACCUAGAGCUAUUGCAAGUGAAUUAUUUAAAGAACUUGAAUUGAGUUUGGAAUAUUUUACUGGAGACUUGUCUAAAAUAAAGGUGUUCGGCAAAAUUUACCCUUUGCCACGGCAGCAAGUAGCCUAUGGCGAUCCGGGUAUCACGUACACUUAUUCUGGCACUACAGUACCCGCUCUACCCUGGCCGGCGCCUGUUCUGGCUCUACGAGACUUUCUUGUAGCUCUAAAAGGGAUUAAAUACGACUUUGUUUUGGUAAACAAAUAUAGAAAUGGUAACGAUCACAUGGGCGAGCACAGAGACAAUGAACCAGAGUUGGAUCCCACAGCUCCUAUAGCAUCUAUAUCAUUUGGACAGCAACGGACUUUUGUGCUCAAACACAGAGAUGCAAGAAAGACAGGCAACGAUAAAAGACCAAUACCUCCAGUGAAGAUAGAAUUGGAACAUGGCAGCGUUCUACUUAUGAACCCGCCCACGAAUGAAAUAUGGUACCACUCUUUACCAACAAGAAAGAAAUUAAUGGCUCCAAGAAUCAAUUUAACAUUCAGAAAGAUGCGUCUUAAACGUUAAUGCACAUAAGCAAUUUAUAAUUUUUUUCCGAGCUGUAUGCCAUUGUUCCUUUGUCAAUGACAUGGAUGACGUAAAAAGCAACUGUCAGUCAAUUGUCAAAAAUAAUUUGCUUUUGUCAAUCGAAGUGUUAAAAUGAUUUGUUGUUCUGUUAAUUCAUAUUAUUAAUAUUAAAUAAUUCUACAAAAGGCAGUUGUUAUUAUUACAAUACCUGAGAUGCCGUCUCUGCGGAUAGACCAGAGUGACUUGAAGUGCAAGAAUGGCUGUGACUACUUCGGGAACCCCCAGUGGCAGGGGUACUGCUCUAAAUGUCACCGUGAACAGAUGCAACGUCAGAGGAAGGCUGAAAAAGAGUCAUCAGCAACAUUACCGAAACCAGAACAGAAGAAACCGGAUCGAGGGUUGAGGAUUCCCUCCCACUCCUCGUUCUCCAAGUUUGAGGAGAAGCGUCUCCGGCAGAGUGAGACACUGAAGAAGGCGAACCUGUUGAAGUUCAGUGUCUUCAAGAAGAGUAGUACAGAUGACCACGACCAUUCAGCAGAGAAGCGUCCUCCGGAAUUCAAGAUCCCGGCCAUUGUGAACGAGGGUAUGAAACGGGAGUUCCGCGCCCGGUUCCCGCAGCUCGGUCCCGCGGUAGACCGGGACUCGCGUCUGUUCGUGCAUAGCUUCAUCAUGGAUGUCAUCAAGUGCGCCAACGUGCUCAGCGUGGACGAGCUGUCCGAAAGAGUUCAGCGACAGUAUCAGCGCUUCAUGAAGCACAUGGACACAUCGUCGCACUUCGCGAACGUGGAGGCCGACACCAAGGAGCUGCUCAUGGACUUCGUGGAGAAACACGCCAUGACAUACUUGCAUGAAUUACCGUCAGUAGUAUUCUCCCCGAGCGGCACGGACGACGAGCGCUUGGACCGCGCCAUGUCGGAGCGCAUCCAACAACUCAGCUGGGUCGGGGAGCGCCAUCUUGAGUGCAAGCUCGAUAGAAACAACCCCGAAUGCAGGCAGCUGCUGUACAAGGCUAUUAGCGAGUUGCUGGGCAUGGACAGCGCGCUGUCGCCGGGCGACAAGUUGUCGCGCGUGCGGCGCUGCUGCCGCCACGUGCUGCGCCUGUGCUCCGCCGCGCCCGCCUCCGCUGACGACCUCCUGCCUGCACUCAUAUUCACGGUGCUGAAAGCGAACCCGCCUCGCCUAGUGAGCAACAUUAACUUCGUGACGCGAUUCUGUAACGCGCAGCGGCUGAUGACCGGCGAGGGAGGGUACUACUUCACUAACCUUUGUUGUGCAGUUUCCUUCAUUGAAAAUCUGACGGCUGAGUCGCUGAACAUGGACAAGAAAGAGUUCGACUGUUACAUGGCCAUGCCAGCAUCCAUCGGAGGCAGCGCUUGGGCGGCAGCACUGUCGCUGUGCGGUGCGGUGCGCGAGGCAGACGAGCAACGUGCGCACGCGCAAAAGUUGCUCACACAUACACACAACAUACACACGCGGGCUGACCAACUCGCUGCCAACGCUCUGAGCUUUGAGGAGCAAAUCGCCAAAAAAGUACAAGACGUCCUCGCAAAGACGCCGUUAGAAAUAAAACCACGGCGCGAGCUGCCGCGCCUCGGGAAGCUUAAGGAAAUCAAUACAGCGCCACUCAUCGACUUGAGUACCAGUACCGUUCAGGAAGAACCACAGACAAAGCCAGAUGUACCACCAGAACCUCUGGCGGCUACCGUAAUCCCCACGGGGUCCAAAGAACCAAACAUCACUAUCCAGCCAGAAACAGAGCCAAAACUUAACAUCCUGGGUUUCGAAGUAAUUGAAAGACAAUCUCCUUCUAAGUCACCACAGAACCUUGAUCAAACGUGGGACUUGAAGCAGACCAGUUCAUUAGAACUGCUCACACCAUCGCCUCUAGGCUUCACGCCAUUCGACUCACGAUCUAUCGACGAACUGAUGACUCCAGACGAAUUUGGGACGGACCAGCUGCCUCCAGGUUUGAGCAACAUAAACUACGACAUUGAUCUAUCAGAUUUCAGUGGCGACAACAGCAUAGCCGAGGAAGCUCCUAAAUCUGAACCUAAGGAUCCAUUCAGCCCAGAAGCUCUCAAAAAAAUAACUACCUUCGACCCUUUCGCCCCACAAACCUCUAAGGGAUUCGAAACAGCUUUGGAUUCGUUUGAUGAAUUUAGCUUCGUUGAUCAAAGGAAGCAGGAGAAUGAUCCAUUUGAGGUGGUACACAGAGGCCAGGACCCUUUCAGUCCAGUAGAGUUAUCGAAGGACUCUUUCUUCACCCCAGAUAAGCAGUCGACCUCCAUCCUCGACGACAAUGAGACGCCCGCCACUGCCUGCUUGCUGCCAUCGCCAAUACAACCACAAAGCAGCAAAAAACCAACUUAGUUGGAAUUUAAGUUGUCUAUUAAAGAUCUAUUAUUAUUAUUAACCAAAUUGGUUGGUGCUACAUUUGAAAGUCGAUUAUUGAUUUUGUUCAUGUUUAUUAUUUAUUUAAAUCAUAGUUUACAUUGUUUCCCGUCAAAGUAAUAAAUGGCAUGGCAGAAAUUUCUGUAGUUUUUUUUUAAAUAAGCAUCUGGGUUGUAAUGUGUGACAUGAAGAGAAUAAUGCAGUCUAACGACAUACGAAUGCUAUGUAAGGUGCACAAUGAAAACUACAAUAUACAUUACAAAAUUUAUUUCAACUAGAAUUUCUCAUAAAACUUUAAUCAGUUUAUUCUUAGAUAUAGAAGAGAUUUAAUUUAAAUAAUAAAAAGUUACGGCUUUUCGCUCACCGUAACACUUGCGAAGUGAUAUAAGAUGAGGCAAUUAAAACUACACAAUUAAGUAACGGUUGGUAUAAAUAAAUGAAGCUAAUGCUAACAAAUUACAAGGUUCCUAAAAUAUUUAUUAAAUAUAACAGUCACGACAUACAAAACAAUAUUUUUCUGGUAAUCUUGAGCUAUUGUUCUCAGAAAACGAACUUAGACAGUGCUACAUACAGUGGGGAGCAAUGAAACAGUUCAAAUUGCUGGGUGAUACCUGGCAAGAUUAUCCCAUAUCAUAGUUUUGGAAUGUACUCCUUAUUCAGCAAAAAGUACUGAAUGACACAAACCUAUUACAAAUACAAACAUGACCUUAGAAAAAAAAUAAAACACUGCAUAUAUGAUAGAUCCUUGAAUAAGUUCCGACUGUUACUUACAAGACAACAGCUAUUACCAACAUACAUGCACACUCCAAACAUGAAAUUUGAAAUUGUAAUUCUCUUUAAAAUUUUAUUUUUUUAUGUAUGAUAUACAGUUAUCACCUACAGCAUCACUAGCAACUAUUAUUUACAUUUUUAAAAUGUCUGCACUGCUUCAUUCAUAAGAAAUCUACAACCAGACCAGUCCAGUGAUAUUUGGGCAAACUGAUUUAGAAAAAUUACUUGAUAAAUUAUUGCAAUUCCUCUGAACUUAUUCCAGGACCUAAUAAAAAUAGAUACUUAGAAUAAAAAACUUGCGUCACCAAUGUUUCUUUGCUCACCGCUGUAAGUUCUGGUUAAGUUUACUAAAAUACAACCCUAAACACAACUUAGAAAUAAACUCAAAUGGUGUGAUGAUUGUUUCGACAGAUAAUGAAACAUUGCAACCCCAAGUGCACUAAUAUAUUGUAUAAAUAUACUUCAUAAGAUUGGCAGUCAGGUACUGGCAGAAAAAUAAUUGAACAUUUUUAAUGUUUCAAACACAUUGCUUGUUAUUUCAGACUUAUACAAUGUUUUCAUUUAAAUAUAAGAUGCAUAUUGUACCACGGCACUGUGUACAUUCAAAAGGUCAUAUUAACACAGUUGUCUAGAAAUAUUCUUGUAAAAUAUUUGUACAUAUUUGCUAAGUUGGCUUCAAAAAGCUACUUAGCACUAGCACUGCGAAAUAUAGCUUGCGCAAAUGCAUCAAAAUGCUGCAGACCUACUUAACAACUUCAUGUGAAUAACAUCUUUUGUUAUCUGCCACAAUUAAUGAUAACACUGGAAAUCUGAUAAGUGCCUUGGGUGUAAGUCAACUUGUUGUGACCUUUAUAUCUGGUGAAGCCUUUCCACAAAGCAACAUCACUCAUUCGCAACACAAAUGUCUAUGCUCAUAUAUACAAAUGAUUAUUAAAUAACGUUAGUACAAAUUUGUUCAAUGUUUGGAAUAAAAUAAUCACUUUCUCAUGUGAGAGGUCACAAUUCCUAUACAAACUAUCUUGACAAGGCUUGACAAUUCUAAAGUGAAUAUUUUUUCAUUCACUCUGAGAAUUUAAACUUUCCACUACUUAACUCUAAAGUUGAACACACAUUUACAAAGUAAUGAAUAAAAAAAACAUUAUUUUUGGCUUACUUUGAUGUUGAUUAUUUCAUAAAUUCAAUACAAAACAUGUCAAGUCAAAAUUACAUCUCAAACACCACAAACUGUAACAAAAAUAUGGUUUCACUUUAAUUGCAUAUGUAUAUGUUCUUUAGUAUAAUUAUAUUUAAUAACUACUAUAUUUUGUGGUUAAAAGUUUAAAUUCCAUUGACUUGGGAACAUAAUUACAUUAUUGUUAACAGCCAAUGAAAGUCACUCAGGUUACUGUGCUAUAAAUAAUAAGUGUGGUAAUGAUUAGGCAAUGGAUAUUGUGACAUUUAUUCCGAGGUUUCCAUUAUCCGCAAACAAUUGUGCAAGAGAUGUGUCAAAUACUAGACAAUCCGAAUUCAUAAUAGCAGAUGACACUCCUUCAUGGAUGGAGCGUGGCAUGGCUUCCCAAGUGAGUCGUCUACGAUGCCCAUUGAGCUCUAAUCUAUACGCAAAGUUUUCUGCUUCCUUCCGAGAUCCUAUGAGUUGCACAAUGGCAAAGAAUUGUUGAUGUCCAUCAAACUUCUCUUGUUUUUCAAGGACUAACAUAAAAUGAUGAUUGAAACAUGACUGCAUCAUUACCCAGUCUACUGCUCCAGGGAGGUUGAUGUCAGUGGCCAGGAAUACAAUGUCUUCUCCUUGGAGUGUAGUAAUACUUUUGUGUGACAUCAUAAGGUGUGGCAUAACUUGGUCAAGGCCUCCUUGCCACUUGCAUGAUGCACCAGGACAGGGACAUGAGUAUGGCCUGAACUCGCAGGCUUCUUCAUGCUCUGCCUUCUCUGUGUGCACCAGGGUGACAGUGCAGCCGGUGUUGGAGUGUUUACAGGGGAACAUAACAUUGCUGGCCACUUUCUCCAUAGCAAGGUUGCGUAUGUUGCCGAGGGGGCCGCGGCAAGUCGGGCAGCAGGACAACUUGGGACGGCAACUGGAGCACACCAGGUGCCCGCUCUGGCACUGCAGGAUCGGCGGCAACACAUAAUCGAAACACACGGGACACUCAAAUAGCGACGCAAGGUCGGCAGACAUGGCGGUUGGCGCGUUCACCAAUGCAGGCACCCCAGGGACAGAACAACUGGAACUGCUAGCUCCACGCCGUUUGUUGUUUGUGCUCAUGUCACCGUCACGCGCACAUAAAACCCGUCUGUCGACGAUCAGCUUACCUCUUCGUCGUGAUUCACAAAAGUUUCGUAUCUGGAUAUAUCAUUUGUAGCCUUCCUCAGCUGAUUCUUUCCGCCUAGAGGUCGCGGUGAAGUUAGUUUCCAUCACAGUUCUUGAGGCCAAUGUUAUUUAGUGCAUACGACUUGAUUACAGUGAGAUAUUUUCAAGUGCUAUUCAGGGCGAUUGAACCAAUCCGUAUUACUUUAGAAUUUUCACAAUUUAAUACAUGUUUACGCCGUUGAGUUUGUGAAAAUAAAAAAAUCAAUUUAGUGCGAAUGUUCUAGUUCAUCACAAAAGGACAAAAUUCGUCGUAAAACCCAAUGACGGCCAAUC